CUCGACGCGGCAAAGGCGAGCGAGAGAGAGCAGGGCAGAGCAAGGGAGAGCAGGAAUGGCUCGCCGAGGACGACCGUCGGUUCUCGACCGGUGGGCGCAUAACAUCCACGACGAGGAAGCAGCUGGUGGUAGUGGUGGUGGUCCAAGUGGUCGUCGUGCGGGGGUUGGUCAGUGCGGGACCGGCGGAAGUGGCGGUCGCCGGGGCGGAGGACGGGCCAGUGGCCGCCCGACCGGAGGGCGUGGCGGAGCGGUUGGGAGUGGCGGGCGGGCGGCAGGGGGUGGAAUUGGGACAGGAAAGGCGCUAGAAUUGGGGUCGGGCUCAGGAUCGGCAUCGAUCUGCGCUGGAAGGAUGAUGUUCCGGGGCGCAAGCUCGGGAUGGGUGUCGCGGGCGGUGAGUCUGGACGGAAGCGGCGUGCUGCGGCUUGGCGAUCAGGUUGCGCUCGAGCUCGGUGGAGGGCGGUUUGAGCUUGAUCCGGGCGCUGCCGAUGGGGCGAGGAGGGUGCUAGAGAUAAGAGCCGGUGGACGGGUCAAGUGCGCGCUGAGCCACAGCCUGGCUAGUGUGCUGGACGAGUGGGCGGAGGCGCUGGCGCGAUUUACAAGUGUGGCGGGAAGUAGCAGACCGGUAGCGGCGAGCAAGCCACCAGCGAGCAAGCCACCAGCGCUCAAGCCGCAGCCGGCGGCGGUGGCGGCGCGCAAGGCGGCGAUGGCGGCGCGGCUCGAGUCGUUGCAGCAGCAGAGUAAGGCGACCGGGUCCGGCGCGCGGCUGGGUGGCAUGGGCGUGGUGCGGGCAAAGCCCAAGCCGGUGUUGCGGAUGGCAGGGUCCGGCGCAGCCGAGGCGAGCAUCGAGCGGAGCGCGCUGGUCUCGGGCGAGUCCAAAAACGUGCUCAAAUGGAAGCACAACCUUGCGUAA